AUGGAGUUAGCCAACAAAGAAGAUUUUCGAGACACCAGUGUACCAGUGGACGAUACCGUCAAUAAGGUCGGCAGGUAUGCCAGUUCAGGGCAUUCGACUGGAGACGCCGUGAGUUGUUUUCCUUGUGGUGGUAAGCAUUCUCCAUCAUGAUGCUAGGCCAGGUCGGUACAAUGUUACAAGUGUCACAAUAAGGGUGACCUUGCUAAGAUGUGCGAUAAGAAAGGGAAGAUACAAUCCAUGCGUUAUUUGGAGGUUGAUUCACCUAUGAGUACUACCGAAGAGCAGUCUGGACUGGGAUUGUACACUCUCAAGUCUAAAGGACAAGGUGGAUCUGGGUUUCAAGUUCAAUUAUUGUUAGAGGGUAAGCCAGUCAGCAUGGAAGUUGACACGGGAUCAGCGGUGUCCAUUGUCUCUAAGGUGGAGUAUAAGAAGUGGUUUAAGCAUCUCAAGUUGCAGCCAGCGUAGUUCCACUUGAAAACCUAUUCUGGUGAGUUAUUAUCCUUGUUGGGGGAAAUUCGAGUCGCUGUGAAGUAUCAGACCCAGGAAAUGCAACUACCUCUGGUGGUCGCUCAAGGAAAAAAUCCUGUGCUGCUUGGGCGUAACUGGCUUGAGAAAUUGAACCUGGAUUGGUUCACCAUCUUCAAGGUGUCUCAUGUGCCUGCUGUGGAGGAUAUGCUUGCUAAGUAUGAAGCCCUGUUUGAAAAGGGCUAUGGACACAUGAACUAUAUAAAGCCUCCAUUCAGGUCCUUGAAGGUGCACAGCCCCAAUUUCUGA